UCCAGGUGCUCUUGCAGAGACGCUGGAUGACAUAUGAACAGAUGACGCCGCGUGUGACAAGGACGGGUUGAUGCUGAGCCAUGGAGCCGGGCUGGGUUGUGCUGGCUACCGCCCUAGUGGCGGUGUUCGCGCAGAAUAAUAGAAAUGACGGCCCCAGGUUCCUGUCGAGGGGGCACUCUUUCCGGACGGUGGUCGGUGACACAUUGCUUCUGCCGUGCCAAGUACAGAAUUUAGGAUCCUUGGUGCUGUUAUGGAGGCGAGGCCCCGCGGUCCUGACUGCGGCCAGCCUCAUGGUGACCAGGGACGACCGGUUCCGCCUGGUGGACGGAUACAACCUUCAGAUCACAGAUGUCGGACCACAGGAUGCGGGUGACUACGUCUGCCAGAUAUCCGACCGCGUAUCGAAGGACCAGGUUCACACCGUGGAGGUGCUGGUACCGCCCAGCAUGAGGGCGUCGCCGGAGUCCAGGCACGCGGCUGCCAGGAGAGGCGGUGCAGCUGUGCUGGAGUGCAGGGCUUCCGGCAACCCCGUGCCUACUGUAUCUUGGCAUAAACUCAACGACUCCUCCCUCCGCCUGGGCGAGGGUCCACAGCUACAGCUGUCACGGCUGGAGCGCCAGCAUAGCGGCAAGUACGCCUGCACCGUGGACAACGGCGUUGGGCCGCCCAUCGUUAGCGAAUUCCAACUACAGGUUUUGUACCCACCAGAGAUCACAGUGGAGAGAUCGUGGGUGCACACUGGUGAGGGCUUCAGAGCUGAGUUGCUGUGCACUGUACUAGCGGAUCCCCCAGCUGAGGUGCUGUGGUACCAGAACUCCUUCCCGCUGAGCGCAUCAGAGCGCGUAACCAUGUCGGUGAGGGGCAACAACCACACGCUCCUCAUCGCCAACGUGCAACCAGAGGACUUCGGGAAUUAUACGUGCGUGGCCGACAACAGUCUGGGCCGCGCGCGACAACACGUGGAGGUGUCGGGUCGGCCGGGCGCCGCGCGCUUCACGUCGCCGCCGCUGGCGCGCUCGCGCUCCUCCUACACACUGUCCUUCGCCGUGGACAGCUACCCCCCCCUCGACGAACUCCGCCUGCUGUACAGGCAACUCGCGAUAAACGAGUCCUUCCAGCAGCCAGGUCGGUGGCACGACGUGGUGAUCCCGGCGCCAGAACCCGCUGGCUCUCUGACCCACCGCGUGACCCACGAGCUGCGAGGUCUGGACGCGGGCGCCGUGUACGAAGCCAUUGUUCAGGCAAAGAACAGAUAUGGGUGGAACGAAGUAAGCGAUAUAUUCCAAUUCCACACACUGGGUGGUACGCAUUCAGUCCACGCGGAUGAAUUAUCGCCGAUGUUCUCCUCGGCAGUCAGACAUCGACUGAUGACGUUCACAGCUGUCCUCGCCUUAUAUACCCACCUGGUCGGAUGAUCGAGGUUCUACCCGCAUUUCACAAUUACUUUUUGACGUUCCAUUUUUGAACUUUUUUUUAUUUGUAAGCAUUGAUAUUAAGAACCAAAGACAGCUGACCUAAGAGUUUCGCAUCUCAACAACGUUUGAUGUCAAAGCAAAGUGGACCUAACGCAAGUCAUUUUAAAGAACAGUAUGUACCUACUACAGAUUUUUAUUUCACUCUUGUGAAGAGGAUUUAGAACUUGAGCUUUAAAAUAACUAGCACUAGGUUUAUUUUACUUUGAUGAAUUUUAGUGAGACUGGCGAUGCGAGCGUGUUAGCAAACUUUAUCAACAUUCGUGAAGUGAACAUUACAACUAACUUAUU